AUGUAUAAACAUCAUUUGUUCAGUGAGGGCACAUGGCGACAAGAAAGAGAUGCAUCCUUGGAGCAGAAAGAGCACAAGGUGGAUUCUUCCAAGCAUAUGGAGCAGAAGAUCAUGGAAUGGGCUAAAGAGCUACAGACUGCGUCGGAGCGGGUAGGUGUGAUGAGACAAGAAUUAGCCCAUUUUCUCAAGCAGCUGGAACUGAAGAAGAGGAAAAUCUUGACUCUGUUGCCUUUUUUGGAGUUCAUAACUUGGUCUCUACUGAAACAGGACAGCCAGGGUGUUGUUCCACAGCUAUGGCUCCUCAACAAACAACGUACCUGGAAAACAGAGACACCAAAGUACAUUCCAAACUCAGUGUGGAGAUGGAUCCGCAGUGCUUCAGUGGACAUCACACUGGACCCCACGACUAACCACCCAUGGCUGCAGCUCUCAGAUGACAAAAGGAAGGUACAGGAAGCUCUGAAUGAAACUGAAGUGUCAUUCAGUACCCAGCGCUUUGACAGCUGGCCGUGUGUCCUGGGCUGGGAAGGGCUCACUUCCGGUCGGUACUAUUGGGAAGUUGAUAUUGCCAAUGAUGGCUACUGGCGUAUCGGAGUGACCACUGCAUCCUCCAAAAGGCUCGGCCGGAGUCCCAUGAACCCCUCUGAGGGUUUCUGGACAAUAUGGAGAAGCACACGGCAGUUUUUUGCAUGUACCAAGCCGGAGACUGAGCUACCUCUGUCCCUUGUGCCCAAAAAGCUGGGAGUCUACCUGGACUAUGAAGAAGGACAAGUGUCUUUCUAUAAAGUAGAGACACGCUCACAUAUCUUUACAUUCAUCGCAAAUUUCCGUGAAAAGCUGUACCCGCUUUUCGCACCACUGGAUGGUCGCACACUGAUCACACUGUCCUCCACAGAAGUCAAACCAGAGACGUCCUCUCAUGAAAAUCUACAAUUCUUUUAA